UCCCAGAACGCAAACGCAGUUUUGCCAACGACGCAUUCUUCCUACGCGUUGCUGUGACGUCCAGUCGCCAAGGCAGGCUCCCUACAGAGCGACCCUGCAUUUCCUUCCUCUUCCCCAGCCGGUUCUCAGCUUCACUUCCGGUCUCUUAUUUCCGGUUCUUGGUGCGCCCUUCCCCCCAACUUGUUUUCGCUUCCUACAGAAAAGUUCGUGUUGGAGUUAGAAUCUUCAACUCCCGUCAGGAUUGGCCUUGUCUGAGGCCGGGAAGUUCCUUGGCCGUGACCAGAGGGCGACGCCCUCACUUGCACGAUGGCCCGAAAUGCAGAAAAGGCCAUGACGGCCUUAGCAAGAUUUCGCCAAGCUCAACUGGAGGAGGGAAAAGUGAAGGAACGAAGACCCUUCCUUGCCUCGGAAUGUACUGAGUUGCCCAAAGCUGAGAAGUGGAGACGACAGAUCAUUGGCGAGAUCUCUAAAAAAGUGGCUCAGAUUCAGAAUGCUGGCUUAGGUGAAUUCCGAAUUCGUGACCUGAAUGAUGAAAUUAACAAACUACUAAGAGAGAAAGGACACUGGGAAAUCCGGAUAAAGGAGCUGGGUGGUCCUGAUUAUGUAAAAGUUGGCCCUAAGAUGUUGGAUCACGAAGGAAAAGAAGUCCCAGGAAAUCGUGGUUACAAAUACUUUGGAGCAGCAAAAGAUUUGCCUGGUGUAAGAGAGUUAUUUGAAAAAGAACCCCUUCCUCCUCCAAGAAAAACACGAGCUGAACUCAUGAAGGCAAUAGAUUUUGAAUACUACGGUUACCUCGAUGAAGACGAUGGUGUUAUUGUGCCUUUGGAACAGGAAUAUGAAAAGAAAUUCAGAGCUGAAUUAGUGGAAAAGUGGAAAGCAGAGAGAGAGGCUCGACUAGCAAGAGGAGAAAAGGAAGAGGAGGAAGAAGAGGAGGAAGAGAUUAACAUCUAUGCCGUCACUGAGGAGGAGUCUGAUGAAGAAGGCAGCCAGGAGAAUGGAGGGGAAGAUGGACAGCAGAAGUUCAUCGCUCAUGUCCCUGUGCCAUCACAGCAAGAGAUUGAGGAGGCACUUGUACAGAGGAAGAAGAUGGAACUCCUUCAGAAGUAUGCAAGUGAGACUCUGCAGGCCCAGAGCGAAGAGGCCAAAAGACUCAUGGGAUAUUAGGGCUGAGUGAGGGCUCUCCUUGGGGUCUGGAAAUCUGUUGGGAGUUCUUCAGCCCCACUGGACCUUGCAUUAACCCACAGGGCUCUGCUGUCCUGGGACUGUAGACUGACAGGCUAGUGCUGUGAGGCUUCUUGCUACUUACUGUUCACUUUUCUCUUAACUUUUCUUACUUCAUCUGCUGAUCUCACAUGAGGAGUCUGCCCCAUACUUCCCUGGCAGACUUUCUACAAGCUAAUAGUUCAGUUGUCACUGUUGUACAAUAUUUUGCUACUUGAUGAACCCACUCAUUUUUAUCUUGAAUGUGUAAAACAGGCUGCUGAGUGCCUGUGUUUUAUUUAGCCUUCUACUGUGAUUUGGUGGGGAGGGUAAUCAAUUAAUGACUACCAUUAAAAGAAUACAGUUUUUCCUAAAAA